UAAAAAAAAAUUCAGGUAUUCAUUUCUCUGCUUCUUCUUUCUUUCUUUCCCCCCUGCAUUUCAUUUUCGUUAACCCUAACUCUCGUUUAAUUUCGCCCUUCUCUUAGCUUCGACCACCUUUCUCCAUAUUUCUCCUCCAUUACGCGUGCUCGUAGUUCUCCAUUGAAGCGCAUUCUGAGCUUUGUCCAUAUCACUCCUCCACUACGCGUACUGUUAAUUCUCCAUUGAAGUGGAUUCGAGCUUUCUCAGCUUCAUUGAAGCAGCUUCGAGGAGGAUCAUGUGGCCCUUUUGUCUGCAUUUUCAGAAAUGGGACUCAAGUUGCGCAUGGACUUACCUGAGCAGGCAAUGGAAGUGACAACAAUAUUCUUUCGUAACUCAACUCCCGCAAGUAAAGCUGCUGAAACAUUGAAGAAUUUCUUAGAAGAAAGAGCAAAAAAAAUGAAAGCCUUACAAGAAAAAAUAAAGCUUGAUGACAAAGAAGCUAAACGAUUUAGUCCUGUUGAUGCCUUUCCUGGGGAUAUAGUGAUUUUUGCACGGGUGCUAAAUCUUUUGAGAGGUCUUUCUGCUACAAUGGAAGUCCGCAUAGUCUACUUUGAUAUCAUGAGACCAGCAGAACAGCAGUAGCAGUGCAGAACCAGGACAACAGUACCAGUGCAGGCAGAAGACACACAGCAGCCAGAAACCUUGGACACUUCAAAAAAAAUUUUGGACGAAAAUUGUAAU